GUAUCUGUCUCUCCGCAUGGAUGGUCGAGUUCGUGGGAGCGGUGUUGGCUAUCCUCCAUGGAGUGCUCUUGUUGCUCAACUACCUCCGGUUAAGGGGCUCUGGUCGGGAAUUCUCGACGGGAUGGACGGAAGAGUAUUGUAAAAAUAUGCACCUACAUUGCAAGUGAACUCUUAUUUAUGCUUCUUAUAAAUUGAACCGAGCAGGGUAGAGUCGAGCAUGUCAUAAUUUGGGCUUGAUUUGCUUGAAAAUUUGUAUAUGGAUAUAACAAAAUCGGAGGAUUUACGCACAUACCACUC